UCAGUUAGAUGCAAAUUUACUCAUUCAAAAAAAAGAAAAAAAAGAGCAAAUGAAAGAACAAGAGGAAGAUAUAGAAAUGAAUGAGAAAGAAUUAAGACAAAACUCUAUACUAGAAGAAAAACAAAAACAAAAAAAGAAAAAAACCAGAAAUUGA